UGAGGCUGAGUAGAGAGAGAGAGAGAGAGAGAGAGAGAGAGAGAGGGUUUUUGCCGAAGGCCCGAAAAUUUUUAAUUUUUCGGACUGAAAUUUCUUUAAAUUUCAUCGGGGCUUAAAUCCCUUUUUAAAUAACAGUUAAAAAGCCCCCCCCAACGGUUGAUACGAUUUCGCGCGCGGCCAUGGUGGCUCAGUUCGACCCGAGUCACCACCCCCAGCAGCCUGUCGAGCAUCCUCCCCUCGAUGACCGCCGGACGGCUGAGGACGCGAAGUCCCUGAUCCAUGCCCUCGGCCUCGUCUCCAGGAACCUUCCCCUCCCUCCCGACCUGGUCGACGCCGUCUCCGCCAUCUAUAGCGAUGCUGCUGCUGCUAUCGGCGGUUCCACCGGUGUUGAGGGCGGCGGCGGCGGAUCUGAGGAGCGCCCCCUGGUCGACAAGGGUUUGGUUGAGCAUAGGAAACCUGGACUAGAUUUGCUGGCGGAAUUCGAGGAUGCACUCACAAGAGAGUGGCCAAACUGCAAAUCUGGUCAUAACUUAGCAGAAUCUAGGGAAAAGCGUCUGCAGAGCCAAGUUCAGCAUCGUAUAAGUGAACUUGAAGGAUUGCCUUCAAGUAGAGGGGAGGACCUACAGACCAAGUGCCUACUUGAACUUUAUGGACUGAAGCUUGCAGAAUUGCAAAAAAAGGUGCGAACUCGUGUAAGUGCUGAGUACUGGCUUCGGGUGAACUGUGCUUAUCCCGAUAAGCAGUUGUUUGACUGGGGAAUGAUGCGAUUGCAUCGGGCCCAAUAUGGGAUUGGAGAUGCUUUUGCUACAGAAGCUGAUGAUCACUUCAGGAAGAAACGAGAUGCUGAGAGGCUUUCAAGGCUAGAGGAGGAGGAAAAGAAUCUCAUAGAAACCAGGAAACGGAAAUUCUUUGCAGAAAUUCUGAAUGCCGUCCGUGAAUUUCAUCUGCAAAAUCAAGCUACUCUGAAACGCCAAAAGCAGAGAAAUGAUGGGGUCCAGGCAUGGCAUGCAAGGCAAAGGCAACGAGCCACACGGGCUGAGAAGUUGAGGUUCCAAGCCCUUAAAGCUGAUGAUCAGGAAGCAUACAUGCGAAUGGUGAAAGAGAGCAAGAAUGAGAGAUUAACUAUGCUUCUUGAAGAAACAAACAAGCUCCUCGUUAACUUAGGAGCUGCUGUUCAACGUCAAAAGGAUGCUGGAUAUUCUGAUGCCAUUGAGCCUCUGAAAGAUUCAGAAACAGAAUUAGAUGCCUCAAGUAGUGGAACCCCUGGGGAAUAUUUGCCUGAAGAAGAUGCAGAUAUUACUGAUUCAGAUCGCAAUGAUGACUCAAGUGAUCUGUUGGAAGGUCAAAGGCAGUACAACUCUGCUAUUCAUGCAAUUCAAGAGAAGGUAACAGAGCAACCCUCCACUCUUCAAGGUGGAGAGUUAAGAACUUACCAAUUAGAAGGUCUUCAAUGGAUGGUCUCUUUGUUCAAUAACAACCUAAAUGGAAUUCUAGCUGAUGAGAUGGGGUUGGGGAAAACAAUACAAACCAUUUCACUGGUCGCUUAUCUCUUGGAAAAUAAGGGUGUGACUGGACCUCAUCUGAUAAUAGCUCCAAAGGCCGUGCUGCCAAAUUGGAUGAAUGAAUUCACGACUUGGGCUCCUAGUAUUGGAGCAGUACUUUAUGAUGGACGUCUAGAUGAGAGGAAGGUAUUGAGGGAGCGGCUAUCUGUGAAUGGAUUCAAUGUUCUGAUCACUCAUUACAAUCUUAUCAUGAAAGACAAAACAUUCUUGAAGAAAAUUCAGUGGCAUUAUAUGAUUAUCGAUGAAGGGCAUCGGCUAAAGAACAGUACGUGCUCUCUUGUGCAGACUCUUAACGCCGGCUAUAACUGUCAAAGGAGACUUCUUUUAACGGGCACCCCAAUUCAGAAUACCCUGCAGGAGUUAUGGUCACUCCUCAAUUUUCUUCUUCCAAAUAUUUUCAAUUCAGUUCAGAAUUUCGAGGAGUGGUUUAAUGCACCCUUUGCAGACAGGGGCGAUGUAUCUCUUACCGCUGAAGAACAACUGCUGAUUAUUAAUCGUUUGCACCAUGUUAUAAGACCAUUUAUUUUGAGAAGAAAGAAAGAUGAAGUGGAGAAGUACCUUCCUGGAAAAUCUCAAGUAAUACUGAAAUGUGACAUGUCAGCAUGGCAGAAAGUAUAUUACCAACAAGUUACAGAUGUGGGCAGAGUCGGGCUUGAUAAUGGAUCUGGAAAAUCAAAGAGCCUGCAGAACUUGUCCAUGCAACUCAGGAAGUGCUGUAACCAUCCUUACCUCUUUGUGGGAGAGUACAACAUGUGGCGCAAGGAUGAGAUUGUAAGAGCGUCAGGAAAGUUUGAGCUGCUCGAUCGCUUGCUCCCCAAGCUACGCAGGGCUGGGCACAGGGUCCUUCUAUUCUCCCAGAUGACCCGUCUCAUUGACAUUCUUGAAGUUUAUCUUCAACUUCAUGAUUUCAAGUAUCUCAGACUUGAUGGUUCAACGAAAACCGAGGAAAGAGGCCGCAUGCUGAGUCAGUUCAAUGCCCCCGAUUCACCUUACUUCAUGUUUCUUCUGAGCACUCGUGCUGGCGGGCUAGGUUUGAAUUUGCAGACAGCGGACACAGUAAUAAUUUUCGAUAGUGAUUGGAAUCCUCAAAUGGAUCAGCAGGCAGAGGAUCGGGCCCACCGGAUUGGGCAGAAGAAGGAAGUCAAAGUUUUUGUGUUGGUUAGCAUUGGGUCAAUUGAAGAGGUAAUACUGGAGCGGGCAAAGCAGAAAAUGGGUAUUGAUGCCAAGGUCAUUCAAGCAGGACUCUUUAAUACUACUUCCACAGCUCGGGACAGAAGAGAGAUGUUAGAAGAGAUAAUGCGAAAGGGCACGAGAUCACUGGGAACUGAUGUCCCGAGUGAAAGAGAAAUCAAUCGCCUUGCUGCCCGAUCAGAUCAAGAGUUUUGGCUCUUCGAGAAGAUGGAUGAAGAGAGAAGGCAGAAGGAGAACUACAUUGCCCGCCUUAUGGAAGAUCAUGAAGUGCCUGAAUGGGCUUAUGCCGCACCAGAUUCAAAGGAAGCCAAGUCCAAAGGUUUCGAUAUCAGUGGAAUCACUGGAAAAAGAAAAAGAAAAGAGGUUGUUUAUGCUGAUACACUGAGUGAUCUACAGUGGAUGAAAGCAGUAGAAAAUGGGGAAGACAUCUCAAAGCUUAAGGUGAAAGGAAAGAGAAGGGAUGCCCCUCUCUCUGAGAAUAAUGAAUUGGGAAGCAGCAUAAAUGUGGUAUCAGAAUCUGGGAAUGAAAAUGGAGAAGAGGAGUCUAAGGUUGCAGGCAAGAAAGGCAGCGAAACAGUUAGCAAUGGUGCAAUAUCAGAACCAAGAAGUGAAGUUAAAGGAGCGAUACUGAAGUUCUCAGUUAAGGGGAAGAGGAAAGAUCCGGUCCUUUCUGCGAGCAAUGAGGUGGGUGGAGUUGGUCAUAAGAAUGUCUCGAUUGGUAGUGAAGACACGGGUAAAGAAGAUGCCUAUGGUCCAACCCCUAAGAGAUUGAAGUUGGAACAAAUCGAGAAACCCGACUCCAACAGUACGGAGGUGAUGGGCUGGAACAGGCAGAUCUUGACGUGGAAGACCCACAAGAAGAAGAGAUCAAGCUAUAAUUCUCAAACGACUUCAUCAGAUUCUAAGGGGCAGAGUUCCGGUGGGAGAGGGAACGGAUAGAACCGAUUACCAUCUUCCCUUUCCAUAUUUCUGAUCAAUUUGUCUGCCUCUGCAUUACAUACAUAGAUUCGAUGCCCUUCGACCUACUGAUUUGUGUUAUGGUCUUCAGCUCCGGGGGGAAAUGUUUCCUCAAUUGCUGGGGCAAUCUCUCCUGUGACUUCUGUUCAUUGGAGCAAAAUAUAGAUGAAAUUGUAUUUAGCAGCGAUUAGAAUGUGCUCUGUUCGACAUCAUCUGGAGAUUAGGAAGUCGAGAGAACUAGGGAAGUUAGUUAGGGAUGUGAAAGUACAAAACAACCAUCGGGGGCUACGAUUUUUUUAUUGAUCGAGCCAAGGAUGAAGAUGCCCGAGGAAUUUGUAUUAACUUAUAGAAAUGGAUGAUAAUAUGGGGACCGGUAUCAGUUUGUUGGUUCUCAAUGUUUUCCAUUUUGGGUAACUGCUGGCACAAAACUGAUUUCGCAUUUGAUUAUCAGAUAUUCAAGUCGUCACGGA